GGUUUUCGUUUCGAGUUUGAGUUUGGGGGGUUCGGAUGUCGGUGGCUGGACUUGUCAAAUGUUUUGGUGCUGCCUGAAGAGUUUCUCUCUGUAUUUGAUUUUAUUGGUUCAACAACCAAUAAAUUUAUUGGAAGUAUGACAUCCAACGCAAAGCUCAACUGUUUGAUUGUUCUCAGCAGGGAAGGUGUAUCUGCUCAGUCAUUCAUCCAGUGCUUUACUAUGACUCACACAGCUUUUAAUGUUCAGCUAGCAACAGCUGGCGGGAAGCAGCCAGAAUUUUCAAGUACAGAUGACCAAAGUCGUCGCUGGUUAAGUGAUUUUAAUACCAAACCAUUUUCAGUUCCACUGUGCCUAGAAGUCAUUGAUGCUCAACGUUAUUCGUGCCUUAUUGUUCCCCACUGUCCUGGGGCUGUUCACGAUCUUGCCAAUAACACGACUUUGGGUGAAAUUCUGGCUCAGUUUCUCAAAGAUCGAAAAUUAGUUUGUGCUGUUGGCCUUGGUGUGGCAGCCCUCCUUUCCUGUGUUGACAUCCCUAAAGAGUCUCAGAAACAAACAAUUGAUUAUCAAUCUGAAAAACAAAAAAAUUCAUCUUGGCUGUUCAAAUCCUACUCAAUGACUGGAUCUACAGUGUGUGAAUUAGCAUGUGGUCCCAAUUUUGGUACCUUACCAGUAAUUGUGGAAGAUGAGGUGAGGGACAGAGGAGGGUCUUUUAGUGCCAGUGGAGAAAGUGGGGCAGUUCAUGUGGUGGUUGAUCGUCAUCUCGUCACUGGUCAGAAUGAAGCUUCAACCAUAACUGCAGUACAGAAUUUAGUUUUGCUGGCAAAUCAAAGGCAAGGAAAAGCUGUAGGAAAAUAAUACAUUAUAACUUUUAGAUUUCUGACCUCCUUUGAGGAGCUUAAAGAAGUUAUCUUCAAAUAUAAUAGAUUUUUUAUUGAAUUUUUAAACCACUCUUGACACACUGAACUGUUAAAACAUAGGUGGAUUAACAGCAGCAUUUCCAUCACAAGUCCAUCAAGAGGAAAAUAAUAAAUUCUCUCUUUGUACAAAUUA